UCGAUAAACAAAACACUUCGGUACUUACAAGUUAAGAAACAAACUAAAUUCUUCAUUGUUCGCAAAUGGCUCCGAGUUUUGAUAAUGCAACUUCGAUGUUCAACUUUGUUGUCCGCCAAGGCAAUGGUGUCAAAGGCCUUGUUGAUUCAGGCGUGUCCAAGGUGCCUGAACGAUACAUUCAGUCACCAAGCGAGCGAAUACUGAAACCUGAUAGAUAUCAGGCGUCUCAGCAUUUGCCUAUUGAUUUAUCGAAACUUGAUGGACCUGAACAUGACAAAGUGGUGCAUGAUAUUGCGGUUGCAGCUGAGACACUAGGCUUCUUUCAAGUUGUCAACCAUGGUGUGCCCUUGGAAUUAUUACAGGCGCUCAAAGAUGCGGCUCACAAGUUUUUUGAGCAACCGGCUGAGAAGAAAGCGGUGUAUCUUAAAGGAGUGAGUCCUAGCCCGUAUGUCAAGUACGGGACUAGUUUUGUCCCUGAGAAAGAGAAGGCUUUGGAGUGGAAAGAUUAUGUUAGCAUGGUUUAUACUAAUGAUGAAGAUGCCCAUCGAUUUUGGCCUCAUGAUUGUAGGGAAGCGGCCCUUGAAUACUUGAAGACGUCGACGAAUAUGGUGAAAACGAUAUUGAGAAUUCUGUUUGAAAACCUUGGGGUCACGCUACAGGACUCUAAAAUAGAUGGACUCACGGGGCUGAAAAUGGUGAACAUGAAUUAUUAUCCUGCAUGCCCUGACCCUGAUCUAACUGUGGGAGUGGGGCGUCACUCGGAUGUUGGAUUGUUGACAGUGCUCCUGCAAGAUGGAAUUGGAGGUUUAUAUGUUAGACGCGAAGGAGCUACAAACUGUGACGAUGCCUGGUUGGAGAUUCCUCCCGUCUCUGGUGCUUUAGUCAUCAAUGUUGGCGAUGCAUUACAGAUCUUAAGCAACGGAAAGUAUUUAAGCGCUGAGCACAGAGUGCGCACUGCAGGCCAGCAAUCAAGAGUUUCGAUCCCCAUCUUUAUUACGCCUAAAUUGGAUGAGAAUAUAGGGCCAUUGCCAGAAUUGGUGGAGCAUCACGGGGUAGCUUAUUACAAAGAUGUGCUCUUUGGAGAUUACAUGACCAACUUCUUUGGCAAGGCUCAUGAAGGAAAGAAGUCCCUUGAGUUCGUUCAGAAGAGCAAUCCUGCAGUUUAAGGAUGUUUCGUCAUGUUCACUUGUUACUGAUUAUUAUAUGUACUUUUACCUAAUCGAACCACAAUAUAAAAGUUGAAUAACGCUUUAGGUAGAAAAAUUAGGAAGAUAUUAUAUGAGAUGCAGGAGUGUGAUUGUCUGAUCCAUCAAUUAUAUAAUUUAUUUAUUAUUUAGUGAA